AUGAAGUUUUUUACCCUCACCGCUGCUGCGUGUAGCGUGGUCAGCUGUGUGCAAGGCUCAGCUAUCUCUGGCGCCAUCAAGCACGAAGCGCUCAAUGCUCUCGUGGACGUCGAACUCGUCCGACGCGCAGCUCCCGUCUCCCCACAAGGCUACACGCCUUCCGAAGUCGACUGCCCAUCCUCCGGAGUGUCUGUGAGAUUAGCGACUGCUCUCUCGCAAAAUGAAACAGAAUGGAUAUCGCGAAGAAGAAGUGCGACGAUACAACCAAUGCGAGACUUUCUGAGUCGUAUGAAUAUCUCAGAAUUUGACGCCGGACAAUACAUUGACGACAACAGCAACAAUGCAUCGGCUAUACCAAAUAUUGGUCUCGCAUUCUCAGGAGGUGGUUGGCGAGCAUUACUUAAUGGUGCUGGUGUUCUGAAGGCCUUUGACAGUAGAACAAAUAAUUCGACUGCUCCUGGUCAUAUGGGAGGACUACUCCAGAGUGCGAACUAUAUCGCUGGCCUUAGUGGUGGUAAUUGGCUUGUUGGCUCAAUCUACAUGAACAACUUCAGCACGGUUGAUGCUUUGCAGGCAAGCCCAACCGUCUGGCAAUUUGACAAUAGCAUUAUUGAAGGCCCUCCCACUGGUGGCAUUCAGAUUCUGGACAUUGCACAGUACUAUGCUGCAUUGCUCAGUCAAGUGGAUGGGAAGAGGAAUGCUGGGUACGACGCCAGUUUGACAGACUAUUGGGGACGAGCCUUGUCCUACCAGCUUAUUAACGCAACCGAUGGCGGGCCUGCCUACACAUGGAGUUCAAUCAAGCUGAGCGAAGCUUUCCAGAAUGGCGAACAACCCUUCCCCAUCUCGAUCGCUGUUGCCAGACCUCCCGGCGAAAUAGUCAUCAACCUCAAUAGCAGUGUUUAUGAGUUCAAUGCCUUUGAGAUGGGCACAUGGGACCCGACUACCUAUGGAUUCUUUUCCACCGAGUUCCUCGGCACCAACUUGACCAACGGUGUUGUCAACGAUGGCGCUCGCUGCACCGUUGGCUUUGACUCUGCCAGUUUCGUCAUGGGCACCUCUUCCAGUCUCUUCAACACGCUCAUUCUGGGUCUCAACGACUCUAGUCUAAAUAUUCCAGAUGCCCUACGCCAAGCCGUCAGCUCAAUCGUCCAGGGUAUCACGGCUGAUGAAGACGACAUUGCAGAUUACGAACCCAACCCAUUCUUCGGCUGGAAUCCGACAGGCAACAGCUACAACCAUGAAGCGACCUCCCUCUCGCUAGUCGAUGGAGGCCUCGACAACCAGAACAUCCCUCUUCACCCUCUCAUCCAACCUGCACGUCAGUUGGACGUAAUCUUCGCCAACGACAACAGCGCCGACACCUCCACAAAUUGGCCUAAUGGAUCGUCUCUCGUUCAGACCUACGCCCGCCAGUUCGAGCCAAUAGGCAACGGCACAGCAUUCCCCUAUGUCCCCGACACCAAUACCUUCAUCAACCUUGGCCUCAAUAACCGUCCGACCUUCUUCGGCUGUGACGCAUCAAACAUCAGCUCAAGCUAUUCCAACACACCACCCAUCAUCGUCUAUCUCCCCAACGCCCCAUACCUAACAAUGUCCAACCAACCCACCGUCACCCUCGAAACAAACAACACCUACCGCGACGCCAUGAUCGCUAACGGCUACGAAGUCGCCACAAUGGCAAACGGCACCCUGUCUGGCUAUGAGAACUGGCCGCAAUGCGUGGGGUGCGUGAUCUUAUCCCGAAGCUUUGACAGGACAGGAACGACUGUGCCCCAGGCAUGUCAGCAGUGUUUCCAGCAGUAUUGCUGGGAUGGGACGCUGAAUUCCACGACGCCUGAGACGUAUAACCCGCCACUUAAGCUUCAGGCGGUGAACGUGCAGAGUAGUGCUGCUGCUCCUGGAGGGCUGGCAUCGAUGAGUUUGAUGGGUUUGGCUAUUGCUGUUAGCACUGCUGCGCUCGUUUUGUAG